CGCGAGAUGGCUGAGCAAGCCCAGAUCCUGGAAAUGGUGGGCGAUUUACGAAGUGCUGAUGAAGCACCGCCUGAGAAUGUACUCUUCGUAUGCAAAUUGAACCCCGUAACAACUGAUGAAGAUUUGGAAAUCAUCUUUAGUCGCUUUGGAAAGAUCAUCAAGUGCGAGGUCAUAAGAGAUCGACGUACGCACCAGUCUCUCCAAUAUGCUUUUAUUGAGUUUGAUGAUGUAAGUUUUUUUGACAAUUACUAUUCUAUUUUGAGCAAAGAAGACAGUUGA